AUGAUACCAGGAAAUCGAACACAAUUCACUGACUUUAUCCUCUUGGGAUUUUCUGAGAAACCGUAUCAGCAGGGCCCCCUUUUUGGUCUGUUCUUGGGCAUGUAUUUGGUCACAGUGGUUGGAAACCUGCUCAUAAUUUUAGCUAUUGUCUCUGACUCUCACCUACACACCCCUAUGUACUUCUUCCUUUCCAAUCUGUCCAUUGUAGAUAUCUGUGUGGUAUCUACUACAGUACCCAAGAUGUUGGUGAGCAUCUUGACAGAAAACAAGGCCAUCUCCUAUACUGCUUGUCUUGCCCAGAUGUUCCUCUUUAUGUUUUUUAUUGCUUUGGACAAUUUUCUCCUAACUUCAAUGGCCUAUGACCGUUUUGUGGCUAUCUGUCACCCUCUACGUUAUGGAGCCAUUAUGAGCCCUCGGCUAUGUGGCUUGCUGGUGCUGGUCUCCUGGGUAGUAAGCUUUUUAAACUCCCUUCUUCACAGUCUGUUUGUAACAUGUCUCUCCUUUUGUACAAACCAUGUAAUUGAGCACUUCUUUUGUGAUCUUGCUGAGAUUCUGAAAAUUUCUUGUUCUGACACUCUCCUCAACUAUGCCUUGCUUUAUCUUGUCACUGGGGUGCUAGGUAUGCUUCCUCUCACAGGGAUCCUUUUCUCUUAUACUCAGAUCUGUUCUUCUAUUUUGAAAAUACCAUCUGCUCAAGGUAAGUAUAAAGCCUUUUCUACCUGUGGAUCUCACCUCUCUGUUGUUUCAUUAUUCUAUGGCACAGGGCUUGGAGUACAUUUGAGCUCCUUCACUAGCCACUCUUCCUGGAAGAGCACAGUUGCUUCAGCAAUGUACUCUGUGGUGACUCCCAUGUUAAAUCCUUUCAUCUAUACACUAAGGAAUAAAGACAUAAAAAAUGCCCUUAGAAAACUCAGUACCAGAACAUCUUCCUCUCAAUGA